AUGUUGAAUCGACGGCAGGGAUAUCCUAAAAUACAAUCCCACCCUCCUUGCGUCUACCGCCGUCCGGCUUCGUCCACUACCGCGGAAUCAUAGGCAGACGGCCAUUCUUCAACGAUCAGAAUUCUCGAGGCACCCCGGUCUGCCUACAGGUAUGCUACCCAGAUUCUUAAUUUGGGAUCCGUUCAGGGUCCCACGCUGUCGUGCCGCUGGACUGGGGUAGGGCGUGGCACCUGAACUAGCCAGCCAGACGGCCGUUCUUCCGCUCUCUGUAUGUAUGCAGUCUAGAAUUUAAUAAACCCCAUCUCGUCCCGCUCCCGAAUAUGAUGAACCGUUGUAUAUACCAUCCUCAAGCUUUUAUCCUAUAUAUCUCUUUCUCCUCUUGGAGAUCAUUUCCUUUUACGUUUUUCUAUUAUCUCCUUAGUAUUUCUUUUAUUUCCUUGUGACUUCAUCUGUCUAUCUCAUCUACCUCAAUCUAUCUAUCUAUCUAUUAUAUCUGGGUCGGUUUCUUUUGGGUUUCCUAUUUCUUAUUAGUCUACGCAUAUCACGACCAAGACUACUUUGAGAUCUCAAACAAGAAACCACAUCAAUUCGACUACGAACCAAUAUCCUAUAAUCUUCCUCAUAUAUCAUCAGCCUCAAAUCUAUCAAGAUGUACGUCUCGACAUUAUUAGUCUCGUUACUCGGUGCUUCGAGUGUCAUCGCUGCCCCGACAUGGCCCACAUUCAACUGGAAUGCCGCCAAGCCUGACGGGCUCGAGACCGUAUCCGAGUACUUCAAUAUGUUGGCACAGAAGGUUGAGAUAGGGAAAUACAUGUCGUCAGCCCCAGUUUGUGAUAUCUCAAAGGCACAGAUGGCUACAGCCCCUGAGCCACUGUCUCCUCCGUCUGCCGGUUUAAUCUUAAAGCACGUAGCUAUCGGCCGUGGAACGCAGAACUACACCUGCGACACAACUAACGCCACCGCCGUUCCCGUCGCCGACGGUGCCGUAGCCACACUCUUCAACGCGAGCUGCGUCGCCUCCGCGUACCCGGAUCUAUUGAAUCUCCUGCCCAAGCUUGCUCUCCAGUUCAACCUCACGGCGCAGGAGGACGUGCGCAUGGGUCCCACGAACCUGAUCAUCUCCGGCAAGCACUUCUUCAAAAACACUACGACGCCCUUUUUCAACCUCGACACGACUCAGAGCCAGAUCGGCGAAGCAAGCUGCACCAAGGACAGCCAGACCAACGCACCUGCUGACGCGCCUAAGGGCCAACAAGGCGAGAAGGCCGUCCCAUGGCUCCGCCUCAAGACCCAAUCCGGCUCCACAGGCAACUUGCAGGAGGUCUACCGCAUCGAGACCGCAGGUGGCAGCGCGCCAGCCACGUGUCAGGGACAGCCAGCGGCAUUUGAGGUGCAAUACGCAGCACAAUACUGGUUCUGGGAAGGCGAAUCUCAGGCGUGAAAAAAAUGACGCUAUUGCUAAACCGAGUAAAAUUGAGAAAAUCAUAAAAUUCCAAAUAAGGGGUCCACAAUGGGAAUGGGGCAGGCAGACAUGCCAUGCAUGAUAGGGGCAGGGUGACUCCGCCUGCGCGUGUCUCGGAAGAUAUGAGACGCGACGGCGCCGACAUACAUAUAGGUAGGUCGGACAACAUCGGGCGGAGAACCGCAGCCCCUGUCUUCCCCCAAAGCGCCUGGGUAGGCGCCGGCAUGGAUGGCAAGGCAUACUGGGACGUCACGUAGGCAUGCGUGUUGGGAUAUGGGGCUACGAGGGGAUUUAUAGCGUUAUGAUUCAUACCAUUUUUACACUUUUUUAUCUUUUUUAUUCUUGUCGUAUAGGACGGUUUUAUCUUGUUAAUAUAUUAUGAAAUGUUGAGUUGAUGUGUUUUAUCAGUGGUGAUUGUUUUGAGGGACGAUGUGUUACGUUGCAGCACCAGCUUUUUUAUACUAGAAUGCAAUAUCUUGUAACUAGGUGUAUUGUUCAUCAAGGCUACCUAAGGCAGCUAGGUAAGCUGGAUUUGAUAAAUUCUGAGUAGU